AGUCUUCUUCGGGCCAACAGCCAUGCAAGCCGUCUUGUUGGUGAUUUUCCUCUCCGUGGGGGCAUGUUGGGCCGCCCAGGGACCCAAAGUCACUAUUGGACAGGGUGCUCUUAUUGGAAAAACAAUGACGUCACGCUCAGGAAGGGUUUUUUCUGCCUUCCAAGGCAUCCCUUACGCAGCCCCACCAGUCGGAGAUCUGCGCUUUCAGAGCCCGAGAGCACCUGUGAAAUGGGAAGGCGAACGUGUGGCCCAAAAAGAAGGAAGCGAUUGUCUGCAGGGACACUUUAUCCAUCCAAUUUAUGCCGGCAGUGAAGAUUGCCUUUUCAUUAACGUCUACACUCCUAUAACCGGAGAAAAAGCGCAGCUUCCAGUGAUGUUUUGGGUGCACGGCGGCGGUUUCAUGUCCGGCUCAGGCAGCACCGAAAUGUACGGCCCAGAGUUUCUCCUGGACCACAACGUCGUCCUUGUCACCGCGAAUUACCGAUUAGGAAUGCUCGGAUUUCUUAAUCUGGGAACGCCUGAGUUCCCAGGUAAUUAUGGUUUGAAAGACCAAGCCGCUGCUUUGAAAUGGGUCAAGGAAAAUAUUGCAGCUUUUGGUGGUAACCCAAACUCUGUGACAAUCUUUGGAGAGAGCGCAGGCAGUGCGAGUGCCCACUAUCUUCUCAUUUCCCCCCUGACGAAAGGUUUAUUCCAUCGAGCGAUUCUCCAAAGCGGCACAGCCUUCAACCCCUGGGCAAGCGUGAUUGAGGCAAAGCGAAUCGGUUGGGAUUCGGUCCGGAAACUUGGAUGCAACGAUGAUGACUUUGAUGAGGUUGCGGAUUGCCUGCGAAAUUUGGACGCGUCAAAACUUGUUGACGAAGGCGCCGCGAUGAAGGAGAGAGAACGACGAGUCCUGGAAUUUGCACCUGCUGUAGAGCCAAAGGGCACCGUUGACCCCUUCCUUCCUGCCAAUCCCAGGGAACUGGAAAUACCUGACGUCCCGAUUAUUACCGGACUCACAACUCACGAGGGAUUGAUCCACCCGUUCUUCUUGCAGUCGAGUGAACCGAAUCUUGAUAAGGAUUACAGUGAAAACAGGGAUUAUUUCAUCUUGGAGGAUUUAGGGCUCAAGAAAUAUUCUAACGAGUGGGAAAAAACUUGGAAGAAAGUCGAAACGUAUUACAAAUCGUUGGAAGAGACUGAAUUGGAGCAGUACCUUCAACUAGCGUCUGAUGUGGAUUUCAACGUGGGCGUCGACCAACUGCUGAGAAAAGCUGUUGUUUCUAAAAGAAAAAGUCCAGUUUUUUACUAUGAAUUCACCCAUGAUGGCUCCUUGGCUCUAGCGAAAAAAUAUUUGGAGUUUGACGCCCCAGAAGGAACCACCUGUCACGCAGACGAGCUAGGCUACCAAUUUAGCAGUGAAUUGUUUAAUUGGAAAGAAGCACCAGCUCGAGAUCAAAGAAUGAUUGAAAUCAUUUCAACGCUUUGGACCAAUUUCGCCACUACAGGAAAUCCAACUCCUGACGACUCAUUCGGUGCUAUUUGGCUGCCAGUUGAAAAGACGAGCUCCAACCCAGAUGACAUAAUCACCCGACACUUGGAUUUGGGAGAAGAUUUAGAGAUGAUCAACGAAAGUUUGAACGGGGAGAGAAUGCUGUUUUGGUCCCAAAUUUACAGGGAAAGCAACAAAAUUAGAAAGGAAGAGUUGUAGGUGCGAGAUGCUUGUCAGUAUUAAAUCGAAUUAAAAAAAACUUAUGUUUGAAAGUACUAA